AUGGAAGAGAGUAAGAGAAGGAGUAAGGUAAGGGAGGAGGAGGAGAGGGAGAUAAGCAAGAAGGAAAUUGUGGAGGUGAUUAAAAAAAUCAAAGAUGGAAAAGCGGUAGGAGUGAAUGGAGUGCCAAGAGAAGUAUGGAAAUAUGAGGAGAAACAAUUGGGAAUAGGGAAGAAAGCGAUGGCGCUGUUCGUGGAUCUAAGAGCGGCAUUCGACUCAGUGGACAGGGGAAUUCUGUACAAAGCAAUGACAGAAGGGGGGAUAAAAGAGGGAUUGAUAGAGAGAGUCAAAAAAGUGUUAAGCGAAACAAACGGUGAGAGUGGGAGGAAAGACAGGAAAGAGUUUCUGGACCGCGAAGGGAGUAAGUCCGCUGAGCCUGUUGCUAUUCAACAUAGUAAUAGCAGAUUUGGAGGAGGAGAUGGGAAGUGGAGAGAAAUCAGAUUAGGUGAGAGAAAAAUUUAUAAGCUAGCAUAUGCGGACAAUAUCGUGUUACUUUCGAAGGAUGAGGAGGGGAUAAGAAGCAUGAUAGGCAGAAUGGAGGAAUAUCUGGAGAGGAAAAGAUUGGACGUAAACAAGACUAAAUAA